GGUCCUCUCUCUACUUCUCUCAACCCAUCCCUCUCCUUUUUAGCCCCCAAUCUCUCCCCUUUUCCUAGGGUUAGGGCUUAUCCAAGUUGGUUCGAUCGUCUUGGAUCGCCACUUAUCCUUGUAUCUCUCGAUCUCAGCGUCGGAGUUUGAUUAUUUUUGACGCUCUUUUUGCUUCCAAGAUGAUGCAGCCUGCCGGCGGGAUGGUGCAACCCCCUCCGAUGGUGCCGCCCCCCCAGAUGGACCAGCAGCAGCAGCCGCAGCAGUGGAUGAUGAUGCCACCGCCUCCUCCCCCGCAGCAGCAGUACUACCAGGCCGCCCCGGCGCCGCCGAUGUGGAACCAGCAGCCCUCCCAGGUGCCCCCGCCGGUCCCCCAGGCCGUGCCGCAGCCUCAGCCGCAGUACCAGGCUCCGGCGCAGGUGCCACCUCCCCAGAUGCAGUACCAGGCGGCACCUGCGCCUGCCCCGGCCCAGGCUAUGGUGCCACAGCCGGCGUCGGCUGAUGAGAUCCGCACGCUCUGGGUCGGUGACUUGCAGUACUGGAUGGACGAGAACUAUCUCUACAGCUGCUUCGUUCACACUGGAGAGGUUCUUUCGGUUAAAAUUAUCCGCAAUAAGCUGAAUGGGCAAUCGGAAGGUUAUGGUUUUAUUGAAUUUGUCUCUCAUGCCGCCGCAGAUCGAGUUCUUCAAACUUUUAAUGGUCAAGUGAUGCCUAACACUGAACAAGCUUUCAGACUGAAUUGGGCAAGUUGUGGAGCCGGUGAGAAACGUGGUGAUGGUGCCGAUUAUACAAUUUUUGUUGGGGAUUUGGCUGCAGAUGUCACUGACUAUUUGUUGCAAGAGACAUUCAAAAACCACUACCCAUCAGUUAAGGGUGCCAAAGUUGUUACUGAUAGAUUGACUGGGCGUUCCAAAGGCUAUGGCUUUGUUAAAUUUGGGGAUCUAAAUGAACAAACAAGAGCCAUGACUGAAAUGAACGGACUUUACUGUUCAACGAGACCCAUGCGUAUUGGAGCAGCAGCCAAUAAGAAGACUUUGGGUGCCCAACAGCAGUAUCCUGCGAAUGCUUCCUACCAGACUACACAGGGUGCUGAGUCUGAGAAUGAUCCAAAUAAUACCACUAUAUUUGUUGGUGGGCUGGAUCCAAAUGUUACAGAUGAUAAUUUGCGGCAAGUUUUUGGCCCAUAUGGAGAAAUAGUUUAUGUAAAGAUACCUGUAGGCAAGCGUUGUGGGUUUGUGCAAUUUGCUAACAGGGCCAAUGCCGAGGAGGCUUUAAGGACAUUAAAUGGGACCUCAUUGGGUGGACAAAACAUCCGGCUCUCAUGGGGUCGCAGCCCUACAAAUAAACAGCCACAGCAGGAUCCCAACCAGUGGAAUGGGGGCUACUAUGGUUACACCCAAAGCUAUGAUGCCUAUGGAUAUGCCCCUCCUCAAGAUCCUAAUAUGUAUGCUUAUGCAGCAUAUCCAGGAUAUGGUAACUAUCAGCAGCAGCAGCCACAGCAGCCACCCCAGUGAUUUUGCAGACUUGAGAAGGUGCAUGGCCAAAUGCAAAUGGUUGCUUCUGAACAUGAAGCUCAAUCUGUGCAUCCGCUGGAAAAGGUUGUCAUCACGGAGAUAUCGGGCUUGAUCAUGCAUUGUAGCUUUCUCUAGUGUAAUUCCUCUCUUUGGUGCUGAGUGAACUUGGAAGAGUUGAAGUUAGUUGUUGGAGUCAUGUUACUUUGUCUAAGUCUGGAUUGCUUCUUGGUCAUUCCAGUUUCUAACAUCAUGUUGACUCUCUGGUAUGACAUCGGGGAGUCAUCUAUCUUUGUUCUGCUUGAUGUUUGGUUACAUUGUUUGAUGAGCUUGUGGAUAUUGAACUCUAA